AUGGAAGGUGAGGUCCGCGAGGCUGCGCCGGGCUCCGAGCAGCCCGAGCUAGCGAGCGAGCGGUGCGCGCAACGGCGCGGCUUCCUCCUGAAUCUCGAUAUACAACCAAAUACGGAGCUGAAAGGCGCCGAGGAGCAGCCUCUGCCCACAGAAAGCCCAGAGGCCUUGAGUGACUACAAUUUAAGCAAACCUCAUGAAAUAGAAAAUGUGGACAGUACCGAAGCCCCGACCAAUGAAGAUGAAGAUGCAGGAGAAGAUUCGAUGAAAGUGAAAGAUGAGUACAGCGAAAGAGAUGAGACCAAUCUGAAGCCGGAGCCCAUGGGAAAUGCAGAAGAGAGUGACAUUCCUUACAGCUAUGCAAGAGAGUAUAAUGAAUAUGAAAACAUUAAGCUGGAGAGACACGUGCCAUACGACAGCGGCAGACCGACCAGUGGGAAGAUGAACUGCGAUGUGUGCGGAUUAUCCUGCAUUAGCUUCAAUGUCUUGAUGGUUCACAAGCGAAGCCACACUGGUGAACGCCCGUUCCAGUGUAAUCAGUGUGGGGCAUCUUUUACUCAGAAAGGUAACCUCCUCCGCCACAUUAAGCUGCACACAGGGGAAAAACCUUUUAAGUGCCACCUCUGCAACUACGCAUGCCAAAGGAGAGAUGCGCUCACGGGACACCUUAGGACACAUUCUGUGGAGAAGCCGUACAAGUGUGAGUUCUGCGGCAGGAGCUACAAGCAGAGGAGUUCCCUGGAGGAACAUAAGGAACGAUGCCGCACGUUUCUUCAGAAUUCUGACCUGGGGGACGCUGCGAGCGUGGAGGCAAGACACAUCAAAGCGGAGAUGGGAAGUGAAAGAGCGCUCGUUCUGGACAGAUUAGCAAGCAAUGUGGCAAAACGAAAAAGCUCAAUGCCUCAGAAAUUCAUUGGUGAGAAGCGCCACUGCUUUGACGUCAACUACAAUCCCAGCUACAUGUAUGAGAAGGAGAGUGAGAUGAUGCAGACCCGAAUGAUGGACCAGGCCAUCAAUAACGCCAUCAGCUAUCUUGGGGCUGAAGCCCUUCGCCCCUUAGUCCAGACUCCACCUGCUCCCACCUCUGAGAUGGUCCCAGUUAUCAGCAGCAUGUAUCCUAUAGCACUCACCCGGGCUGAUAUGCCCAACGGGGCCCCGCAGGAGCUGGAAAAGAAAAGGAUCCUCCUGCCAGAGAAGAACUUGCCUUCUGAGCGAGGUCUGUCCCCCAAUAACAGUGCCCACGACUCUACAGAUACUGACAGCAACCACGAGGAUCGCCAGAAUCAUGUCUACCAGCAAAGCCACAUGGUCCUUCCCCAGGCCCGCAAUGGCAUGCCACUUCUGAAGGAGGUCCCGCGCUCCUUUGAACUCCUGAAGCCCCCUCCCAUCUGCCUGAGAGACUCCAUCAAAGUGAUCAGCAAAGAAGGAGAGGUGAUGGAUGUGUUCCGGUGUGACCACUGCCAUGUCCUCUUCCUAGAUUAUGUGAUGUUUACCAUCCACAUGGGGUGCCAUGGUUUCCGUGACCCCUUUGAGUGUAACAUGUGUGGAUAUCGAAGCCACGAUCGCUACGAAUUCUCCUCUCACAUCGCUAGAGGAGAACACAGGGCCAUGUUGAAGUGAGCAUCAGUCUCCGAGCUCACAAUCUAAGGGUCAACAUUGUUUCUUAAAACUGAUGAUAGCCUUACCCAGCAGACGGAACUCACACCCACAGUCCUGUCCGGUUAUGUUAGUACUCAGUCCCAUUCACAGGAACAGUCAGGGAAACACUGUCUCCAUCCAGAAACUGUUUGCAGAGCCAUCAUGUUACUUUGUGAAACCUUCCCUUCCCAUCAGUGGAAUUUGAUGGGAUUUAAAAGCCAAAGAAGUAUCCAGUUCAUUAUCUUUUGUAGCAAUAGCCAGCCAUCCCCUGGAGCUGCUUGCCAACUGGAACAGUCCUCGGUGGACUGCAGGAGACAUUCGCUGGGAUAUAGCAGCCAUAUGUGGAAAAGUCUUUGAUCCUAUGCCCAGAUCCACACAGUGGAGGAGCUGACCAGCUGCCCUUGCCCUUUGGGCACUAGCACAAGGCGGGAGGGUUAGAACCCAAUCUCCUCUCCCUUCCCAGUCUAACAGUAAGAAAGAGACAGCCUACAGGAAGUACCCGCUGCCAGUAAUGGAAGAGCCUAUCUUCAGAGCUUCGGUUCACUUCCUAUCACACGAGCAAAACCAAACAGAAGCCAUCUGAGGACCCUUCUGCUUCACCUGCCUGCCACCAGGGAAAACCUGAGGUGAUCUGGCCUAAGCCAGCUGUCGGGAAGAAAAGUUUACUCCAGAGGAACCAAUGCUUUUAAAUGCUGAGUGUCACCGACACCCAGGAGUCAUCCACUGAGGGGAGGUGGUGUUUGGGUCUUUGAUGGAGAUUGGCAGAGCAGGCAGGGGACAUAGCUUAGUGUUUGCCAAGUUCAACCCCCAGCACCAAGGGACAAAAAGGAAAGAAAGAAAAGGGGAGGGGAGGGAGAUUGGCAGAGCAGAGUGUGUAGGGCACAUGGGUUGGCAGUUCUUGUCACCUUCGUGGAGUACUGGUUGGAAACCCAAAGAACACCUGAAAGUGACUUUACACCCGCACAUACUCAGAGGACCUGGAAUGUACCACUUAGCCUCCCCGCCACAGGGGUGAGAUCCAGGGACGGGAACCACAGAUGUUCUGAUCAGGAGGCUCCGAGGUCAGGUUAGACAUGUGUGGCUUUUAUUUCAUUUUUAAAACGGUCCUCCUGCUGCCUAGAUGGGCCUCCAGCUCACUACUAGCUGAGGGUGGCCAGAACUCUGAUCCUCCGGCCUCAGCCUACCGAGUGCUGGGGUUCGAGAUGUUCACCAUCAGGGUUCUGGGUUUUCACUCUCUGGAACCGGAGCUGCCGCGGUCCGCUAAGGGUCUUGAAAGUCUGUCUCGUUCUGUAGAUGGACCAAUCAGCUUUGUCCCUAUACACAGCACCAAGACAUCAAGAAAACCUGGAAUAGAGGUCACAAAAUGCAUGGGCCAAGCUCCUGUCUGCUACUAAUUAGUGUGUUCUUUUGUACAAAUCAUUCAGCUCUAAAAGCUAAAUUUCCUCAACCAUAAAGUAAGAGUUGGGUUUAGACCUCCUUGAUGGUCCCUCCCGGCUCUGAUACACGAUUAUUCAGUAACCACAGGUUAUUUUUAAACCUCCUGAUGUGUGGGCCUUAGGCAGAAGGGUCCACACAUGAAAAUGUGUUUCAUGUCUCUUCGGUGUGAAAAUGUAAGUGCAUUAAGUUUUUCCUUCAGCCACUGAGUCAUGAACCUGAGGAGGAACAAGGAACAGGAAGGUGAUUUGGUCUUGCCAAAGUGUGCACACGAAUCGGCAUCUACAGCUGCUUGCCAGGCCCUUUUCUUUCUUUCUGUUUUAAGAACUGUGUGAGGGAAAAUAAGUUCUGCUUACAGGGACCAGCUCCAUGGCGCCUAUUUACAAAUUAAGAGCUAGCUUUAUGAACAUUUCUGCCGGAGCCAAGAAUCCCGAGUUCCUGGUUGAUUAGCAUUUUCCUUCUAAAGGGCUUAUGGAGUCGGCUCUCACUCAACUCAUUUAUGCAACGCCAGUAAUUAAAACGUUCCACCUCAGACACACAAAUGGCUUAGCCUGCUUUGUAGCAUGGUGGCUGUCUCAGGGAAAGCGGGCGGGGCGGGGCAUGGAAUUCCAUGGCAACAGUUCAGUGUGUCUGAGGCUUCGGCUACCAGACUGGACGUCUUUAGCACACCGCCGUUUAUCAGCAGAGUUGAAUCUGAACUGUGCCACAUUAUUUAUGACCAUUGUGAAAGAGGACCUGCCUAUUCUAUGCUUGAGCGAGUUCACAUCCUGUGGACUUGCGGAGGGGAGACACGAUGGUAGGGAGAGAGUGAGUUGGAAAGCAGGGACUAGAAGGAAAAGAUGCAGAGGUGGGCAUUUCUUCCAGAGUGCUGUUGAAGUCUGCUGCGCGCACGCGCGCACACACACACACACACACAAGCACACGCACACGCACACACGUGCACAUGCGUGCUUUGUCAUCUCAAGAUGGUGAACUACUAUUCUUCUAGUCCAGAAACCUCCACAGAUGGGACUCUAUCCUGCGACGGUGGACUUGCUGAGUGACUUCCAUCCCCUGAGGCUACUUUCUGAAUGACGCGCACACUCCCAGAGCCUUGACCUUCAAAGACUCAUGCUGAGCCCCAGCAGAGGCCCUCAAUGCCAGGGUUCUGCUUAAGCUUGAAGCUCUUGAGUGUAGCAGUUGAGCCUGGUGAGGUGCGGUGGUUAGUGCUUUGGUUAGCACCGACAGUGCUUGUGUUCCUUGGGCUACCUGUGGGCCCCCCUUGAUGGAGGUGGGGGCUGAAGUGAGAAGGGGUAGGGAUUUGCAUCCUCCAUGGGGCUGUGAAGUCCUGAGGAGGGUUCGGCUUUCUCACACAGGGCCCCCGCCAUGAACCCUGUGGGCCUUUCCUUCCUUUCCCACCAGCCCCCUCAGAAGCAAGCUCCAACCACACACCCAAGGGGGCUGCAAACUGGGGGCCAACCAAACCCACAAGAAGUUCCAUUGCAGCCAAGGUGACAGAGUUGGGGUGAGGGUGGAAAGAACAGCAGAACUAGCUCUCCAAAUGCUCCUCGCCAUGAUUUGAAGUGCUGCACAGAAUGCAAUAGAAGAAUCCUUCCAUUCAGCAUUCCAGCAUUACCACCAGAAGAGGGGGAAACCCAACCCAUCUUCAUACGCCUUAAAUCAUUCCCCCCAAAGAAACAGCGCCGGGCACUGACAAGCCAGCUAGCCUCGUCUCUCCUGCUCAUUCUCAGCCCUUCCUGACUUUGCUUCUGGAUUCAUCCACGACAAAAUUUCUCCCUCUUCUGUGCUUACCACUUUGGGUGGACCAUCCAUAGUCUCAGCACCCCCUGAAGAAAAUGGCCCCAGGUGUCUUUUGCAAAGGGGAACAUUUUAAAGCACAAAAAAAAUCUUACUUAACUGAAGUAUUAUGUAACUAACAGAUGUCACAUUGGCAUAGAAGUUUUCUAAGUAGAUACGCAUCUUUGUUCUCCUCGGUUUCCUUGUUCCCCUUACCAAGUGUGAAGGUUGGUGUGCUGUAAGGGGACAGACCUAACUCCCAGGCUAAGGGGUAGCUCAGUGCAGGAAUGCUUCUUUGCCUAGUGCUAGCAUGAGAGAGGCCCUGGUUUCCAAGCCCAGCUAGAAGAGAGAGAGAUGGGUAGGCAGGUAGGCAGGCAGGCAGGUAGGUAGGUAGGUAAAUACAAACAGAGAAAUCAAACUUUUGAAACAUACCCCAGGGCAGGCAAGAAGACCAUAAGGAUAAAGUUGGUCCAUGGUCCUCACUGUAAGGUGCACCCCACUGAAGAUAUGCUGGUCUCUAGUAAGGCUUGGGAAACCGAGACCGUUCAGAUUCGUAAAAGAGCUUGGGCAUCUUCAAGGAUGCAGGAGCCUUGAAUUGAGACUUCUGCACUCAGAAAGGAAAAAGGAGUGUUGAAAAUUAUUUUUUAACCUGAAAAUCAGCAGCAAGAGCCUCAACAGAAGAUGAACAGUAUAUACUGCCAGGUCUCAAAGGAUAAAGACUCUAUUUUAUACAGAGGGCUGUCCAGGAAGCCUCAACGGACAGCGUUCUGGGCAACAUGAUUGGGGAAUCUACAUUCUUUCUCUGAAACCAAAGGCUGAAUCCAGGCUACCCUAGGACUGUUUCCUAAGAAGGCAGGACUGACCAGCCAUGGGAAGGAUCAGUGAAGCACUGGUUCUCAAGACAAUGGACUUGGAAGGGCCUAGAAGACAGGUGUGGGCUUUGACCUAGGGUGAGCUCAGAAUGUAAGGCUGCAUCUGUCUUACCCAGCUGUAAUCUCUGGGACCCACCAAGCCAUCAAUAGGCUGAACAGGCUUUUGCACUUUGAAGAAGUUGGAUGUGCUGUUCCCUCUAAACAUUCCAGCUGUGGACUGUCUUAUCCAUCGCUGUCAUAUGAGCUAUUAUCUGAAAUUGGAACAUUAAUUUUUGAUUCAAAAUGUAAAGUCAUAGUGAUAUCUACCUUCCAGGGUGUUGUGAGGUUUGCUGUGAUCUUGUCUAUAGAGUAAAGUUGCUUUGGGGGAAGGGUAUUAUGCUGUCUAGUUAUAAAUUUUCUGCUGUAAAUCCUGUGUCUGGUUAGAAGGGCAU